UUAUAUAAUCGCACUGAAAAGCUUUCUCAAAUUAGGUUGGCAACAUUUUCAACAGCUGGGAAGGUCGGAGAAAAUCGCUCUUCCCAUAUUUUGAGUCAAUUUCAGAAUGUUGCGCGUUCCCCUGUUACGGGCCCUUAAUUCGGCAAGUUCUGCAAGAUGCCUUUUGCAGGCGAGCAGAGCUUCCGGCACUCAGGCGCCGGAAAAAGUCGAAGUUUUCAUUGAUGACAAGAGCGUUUUGGUUGAUCCUGGCACCACUGUGCUCCAGGCGGCUGCUUUGGCUGGAAUUGAAAUCCCCCGAUUCUGCUAUCACGAACGGCUGGCGAUUGCUGGAAACUGCCGAAUGUGCUUGGUGGAGGUAGAAAAAUCACCAAAGCCUGUGGCUGCGUGUGCCAUGCCUGUGAUGAAGGGCUGGAGGAUCAAGACCAACUCCGACAUGACCCGCAAAGCCAGGGAAGGCGUGAUGGAAUUUUUGCUGGUCAACCAUCCCCUCGACUGUCCCAUUUGUGACCAGGGUGGCGAGUGUGAUUUGCAAGAUCAGAGCAUGGCUUUUGGCUCAGACCGCAGCCGAUUCACCGACAUCAGCUACGAUGGAAAGAGAGCUGUCGAGGACAAGGAUAUUGGUCCGCUGGUGAAGACCAUCAUGACCCGCUGCAUCCACUGCACGCGUUGCAUCAGAUUCGCCUCGGAAGUGGCUGGCAUUGAUGACUUGGGCACCACCGGCAGAGGCUCCGACAUGCAGAUCGGCACUUACGUCGAGAAAAUGUUCCUCUCUGAGUUGUCCGGCAACAUCAUUGACCUUUGUCCCGUGGGCGCCCUCACCUCAAAACCGUACUCAUUCACCGCCAGGCCCUGGGAGACGAGGAAAACGGACAGUGUUGAUGUCCUCGAUGCCCUUGGCAGCAACAUCGUCGUGUCCACCAGGACAGGAGAAGUACUCAGGAUUCUGCCCCGACUCAAUGAGGAUAUCAAUGAGGAAUGGCUUUCGGAUAAGUCUCGGUUCGCGUGCGACGGUCUAAAGCGUCAGCGCCUCGUGACUCCCAUGCUGAAGAACAGCAAGGGAGAAUUGGUCUCCGUCGAAUGGGAGGACGCCCUGAUUUCCGUCGCCAAGGCCUUGAAGUCUGCGCCCGGAGACAAAAUUGCUGCCAUCGCAGGCGGUCUGGUCGACGCCGAAGCCCUCAUUUCUCUGAAGGACCUCCUCAACAGACUCGGCAGCGAGUCUCUCAACACCGAGGAGACUUUCCCCUUGGAUGGCUCCGGCACAGAUCUUAGGAGCAACUAUCUGCUCAAUGACAAAAUUGCUGGCAUUGAGGAAGCUGACCUGGUUCUGCUGGUUGGAAGCAACCCAAGGUACGAAGCUCCCCUCCUGAACUCCCGCCUGAGAAAGGGCUACCUGCACCAUGAGCUCGACAUUGCUGUCGUUGGACCCAAGAUCGAUCUCAACUACGAAUAUGAGCUAUUGGGAGACUCUGGUGAUGUCUUGAAACAGCUGGCGAGUGGACAACAUCCAUUCAGCAAGAAACUUGCCGCAGCCAAGCGGCCAAUGCUGAUCCUCGGCUCCGAGCAGCUGAAACGAGAAGACGGAGCAGCCAUUCUCUCCCUCUGCCAGCAAAUCGCUCAUUCUGCAUCGUCAGGAGCGCCUGCUGAGUGGAAGGUUCUGAACAUUCUCCAGAGGGUGGCUUCGCAAGUGGCCGCCCUGGACCUGGGCUACACUCCCGGCGUGGCAAAGAUCAGGGCAAAUCCUCCAAAGGUCCUCUUCCUCCUUGGAGCUGACGAGGGAACCAUUACCAGGGCUGAUCUGCCCAAGGAUGCUUUUAUCAUCUACCAAGGCCACCACGGUGACGCCGGUGCUUCAAUCGCAGACGCUGUUCUGCCUGGAGCUGCCUACACCGAAAAACAGGCCACUUAUGUCAACACAGAAGGCAGGGCUCAGGAAACCUUGGUCGCAGUCACGGCUCCCGGAAUGGCUAGGGAGGACUGGAAAAUCAUCAGGGCACUUUCAGAAAUUGUUGGAGCUAGACUGCCUUAUGAUAAUUUGGAUGAGAUUAGGAACAGGCUUGAAGAGGUGUCUCCUAACCUGGUGCGGUAUGGAGAGGCGGAGGGAGCUAAUUUUGUCGCCCAGGCUAGGGAAUUGUCAAAGUUGGUGAAGGGCGGAGUCUCCUCAACUCCUCUUGACGUCAGGCUGAAGAAGCUGGAAGAUUUCUUUAUGACCGAUAGUAUCAGUAGAGCAUCCCCAACAAUGGCCAAGUGCGUGCAAGCCGUCAUCAAACAGAGAGAGGCCAAGUACUGAGUGAACGACGACGUGGAGGAACUUCCUUAAUUUCAACGUAGACACUCUCUCAUAAGUUAUUGUUUAAAACGAUUCAAAACAACACAACUUGAAGCCUAGUUUUGCUUGCACUACUAAGCACGAUUUGUCAUUUUCCGGGGGCGAAAGCAUACUUUGUACAUAAAUUUAUUGAUGCCGCGGUCCACACGUGGCGUUGUUGUACGUUAGGAAUAAAUACAAGAAACCUAAA